UUGAUCUGUCUAUAGUUGUCUUGUGCCAAUCAAGCGGUAUAGUCAUCAGCCAUAUUUUCUGUUGUUCUGUUCACUUCGAAGCCGAUGAUUUUCAUGGCGUUCGUAUCUCCUUCGCCCGCUCCUCAAGUUGGGGAACAGACGGUAAUGUGUGGCACGAUCUAGACAUAAUAUCGGAUAAAGACCACUAUGCACACGCUGACAGAACUGUGUAGAUGCCUCUAUACAACGCGUUGAGCUGUCGUAACCCAGCGCUGGGGUCGGGCGAAGGGGCAUACUGAUUCUGCGAUCCAGCUAUUCUCACAUUCCACUCGGCACCAGGUUACCAGCUCAUUCUUUGGACGACCUAUUGAGCCGCGAAAAAAAUAUCUUCUAGACGGAGUCAUGCAUCUUUACAAUCCUCAUACAACCCCUUCAGCCGUACUGGUUCUAAACAAACAUCUAGUGUCGCUGCGAAUUUAUGGGCUCAUUUCCGGUAAAUCAUAAACCGGAGGAAGCCACCGACGAGCAAAGCAUCGCUUAAGCGCCGCUGGAAUCGGCAAAAAAACAGCACUCCCCUAAAAGAGGCCAGCGCAGCAACGCUGCUUCGGCGUUGUCCAAGCAACGGCUGACGAUGAGCACCCACUGCGCGUCGUGAAUCGAACAUUACGCAUUCGGCCGAAAUACGAACGGGUAGCGGAGCUGUUGAGCGCCGAUAAAACAGAGUGCAAUGUCGCGAACACCUGUCCCGCAAUAUGGCCACACUAAGGCAAUAUCCAGCGGCAGAGGAAGCCAGGGAUUGUGAGAAUAGUGUUACUAGAGGCGGACUUGGCAGCCGCUAGCAACUGACCGAUACGUAUGUGCGCAACAAGCCUAAAGGCGGACGUACGAGCGUGUUCGCCUACGUUCCUGGUCGCUGCUGCGAAUCCGCCCUGCGGACGGCAGCGGCACUAGUCUACAGCCGCUACCGGCGUCGUGUUCCAUUGUCAAUCGUGAGCACCGGCAGUGUAGUAAGCGCAUACACACAAAUGCUGAUUGAGCGUCUCACUGGCUGGCUAGCUGACUUCCUAACAGCGGUGCGCGAUAGUAAACGCGGCACAAGCCGCAGCAUCUAUAUCCCCGAUACCUAUGCAUAGUCCGAGGAGCGUCGCGUCCUUUCUCCAAACAGCAGAUAGCGUUGGCCACAGUUUUGCACAGCGGUGCUCAUGUCAAAGGAAAACAGUGCUGCUCCGGUAAACCACUGGACAACAAGAAGAGUUGUUGCGCGGAAGAAGCAAAAAAAGAAGCGGCGAAGUGAGCCAAAUUGAAUAUCGCGGGAAUGCUUACGAAGUUAGUGGCCUGUGACGGCGAAUUAUUACUAAGCUUGUUGUAAAAAAACAAGUGUGCUUGUGCUCCUCGUCUAGGUAACCAGGCCUGGCUAACUCCUUGGCCUCACCGAAUGCGUGCGGGACUAGCAAUGCUAAGCGCUGUAUUUUUUUAGUAGAGUUGUGUUUGUUGAAUAAUGCAUUGGGAACUCUAAGCACUUAGUCUGGCGGACUCGUUACGUUGCCGGUAGCUGAAACGCAUCAAAACGGGUACGAGGUACAGAGGCCAGAAAACGCACCGAAGUCAAGUAACGUGGCGUAAUUCUUGCCAGAAGAAAACUAAAACUAAGGAAAUAAAGCGUAGGAAAUGUAACUAGUGAAUCACCACUUACAUAUAAGCGGAAGAGAAUACUAGCCUGAGCGCUUAUACGAAAUCUGGUACAAGCAGAACGGGCAGUUAGGUGUUGGAAUUACUUAUAACUUCAAUAAGAAUCUACAGCUCUUAGCCAAAGUCGUAGGAUUCGUUCAGCUUUUGUAGCUGAUUUAGGCCGUUUUGCUACUGGAUUAGUUACUCUUCUUUGAAUUUGAUGACCCGCUAUUUGAGUGGUGUAUCUUUUCGCAUGGAAUGAUAAACGUCUCGGUGGAAACCAUGUCCUCGUCGGCUCCAUGCACAUCCUGUGAAAUUGAGCCGCGCGACGUACGCUGCGUUGAUCUACUUGAAUUUCUGCAAAUCAACGAGCAGCUUCUCUGCACCGUUGUAUGGGAUACUCUGCAUCAUUGGGCGUUCACCGUGGACGGUAUCAGCAUCUUUGAGUACCUCUACAAUACUGAAUGGGAUUAUCACCAGUGGGCUCUUCGGGUACGGCGUUUUUUCGGCAAGUUUCUACAACGCGAGAUUGAGUUGAAACUAUUCUUAGCGUGUGACGAAUCGUACCCUGUGGCCGGGGUCGUGCCUUCCCGUGGAGUAACGUAUACCGACCGUCUCACCGAUUGCGCGUUCGACGUAAAUUACGCAUUUGCUCUAUUUGUCGAUACUUGCUACGAUCUCGGUAUGAAAGUUAAUGUCGUUGAUGACGCCCGUGAAAUGAUUGAAUUUGCCAACAACAACAGAUCACCCGUGAUAUCGGCUAAUACAAGAUUCUGCCUGUUCGACAUGGAAAAUGGUGUGGUUCUGCCACAGGUGCAGCGGGAAGGGUGGCCGAUGCUGGUGUACUACGAUCGGUACGAACUUCUGCAGAAGCUUAAUUGCAAGAACGAUCGUGUCCUGUGCCAGCUGGCGCUUCUGGAAUAUCUCGAUUGUCUGGAAGACCGCGGUGACUGCUUUUGCCACCUGCCCAAGGACGUCAGGGUACCGCGUAAAUUGGAGCCAUACGUCGCUACAUUGCUGAUGCUGAAAGAUCUGACACCGUUCGAAGUUCGUUGGGAAAUCGUCAAGAACAAGAUUACCCGUCAUCGCAAUCUGAUCGACAGUCAUCUUCGCCUAUUCGAAAAGUACUUCACUACAACGUCGGAGGAUCUCAGUCGGCCGACGUCAGCGGUGAAGUACUGUCUCCGUCAAGGUAUUUCCCCAGCGGUCCUCAACGACAACUGCGUGGACCUCGCUCCAUCGCUGCAUGAUGUUAUUAAAACGUUGCUUCGGGGCGAAAGCCGCACGUUUCGCCGGUCCAUGGAAAGCUACGCCGUCGAUCAGCUUGUCAGCCUCACGGACGAUGAACGUCUUCGUCAACUACGCAGAACACUCGAUCCUACCCAUGAUUUGGAUGUGUUCCGUAUUGAGCCUGCCUCGCUCCGUCUGCCGAUUCUGGCAGUGCAUUAUUGGAUGGAACACUCGCGGACCGCGUCCUGCAUCGAGCGCAAUUUGGUCAUGGCUAGCAUCCGUAUGGCUUCUUCCGCAGCGUCUCAAAGCUCACUGCCAAUGUCGAAGCCAGCCGGAAACGUCGAGGUCGACCUGGAGGUGGCAGGUCCGUUCAUGGAGCUUCUGCGCGUCCUGACAGCAGCCAAAUGUCUGAAUCGUGUGCUUGGUACACCGUUACCAGAUCAGGGACUCGAAAAGCUCUUCAACUUCUGGUGCAUGUAUUUCUGGCGGCUGAAAGUCGAUCCGGCAUCAAGGCACUUUCAGUAUUCAUACCGUCAGUUCGCACUCGCCGGUCGAAACUACGGUCUUCGAUCCGAAUGUAAAUAUGGAUGUUAUCUAUGCGGGGUUCGACUGUGACGGCUGUCGGAAGCCACUUAAUCAAUCGAAGAAAAUCGGCCAAGUUAUUAUUUGAAAUAGUUUUGUGCGUUUAUACUUACCGAAAAACGCGUUUCCUAACUUUCGUUAUGACUGAACUAUAAUUAUCGUUAAUGAACGUGCUUUGGAAAAUUAUUCGCUAAAGCCGCACUUCCAAUGGGGAAUGGGCACACUACACCGUUGCAAUAGUGACCAGCCAACAUACAGUUAUUGUAUAUCGCUGUCAAUAAAAACCAUGCAUACAUCUAUUUAGAUAAUAGAAAUAACAAUUCUUAUUAUAUACAUACAUACACCUGUUAAAGAAAUAUUGCCUUCUUCUUCAUUCAAGCCAGUGGGAAUCGUCGACCGGUGAUGGUAAGCAGCUGAGCUGUGAUAGUAUCCCUUGAGAAACUACAUUGUGUGUAGAUGUAUUAUGUACAGUAUUGCUUCUAUUAAAGCUGUUAGGGAUCGACCAUAAGGUUUAGUUAGUGAUGUAUAAUACGAGAUUCGUUUUUGCUAAAAACUAUUCUAAAUGUACAAUUUUGGAUCCAUCGAAUCGCGUUAAUUCAAUACAGCGACAUGGCCGAUUUAUAGACAAGUAAUAAUUCGAUGAUAGGUUCAACUUAUAGAAAAUUGCCUCGACUUCCUUACGUCCGGUUAAUCAGGUCCACUAAUUCUUUCCAUAGCUACGUCUCAGCUGUUUUUUUCUAGAACAAACCUUGGUAUCGCUGCUUAUUAUUGCUACGGUGAGCGGGCUCAAUAUGAGCAAUCUGAGCAGGAAAAUCGAUCAUUGUAUCUGUUGCCUCUGUGUUCUUCGUGUUUGUAGGCAGACACGUUACCAUUGCACCACCACGGGAACUCGUCAGGCCCGCUGUUAACAAUUGUAAGCUUUUGAGUACUAAAGCUAUUGUUGGACUUUACCUUGCAAGCCUUUAUAAAGUAGCUGUCAAUCUGUUAAUGCAUACGUCCAACGAUACA